AUGGGAUUAGCUGAAACUAACUUCCUUCGACGGAAUUGUAUACUUGUAGAGCUUAAGUUAUUCUACGAUACACUAUACCCGCCCAAGGAGUUGUAUUGGAACCAUCGAAUAACUACAGAAUUGAGUAAAUUCUCCGAUAUCAAAUAUGCAAGGCCAACGUUCGCAAUUGGUAAAGGCACUUUCAAGAAGACAAGUCCGAAGUUGGACUUGAUACUGGCUACCCCGGAUAUCCACAAACUAGCUACGGUUUUGUUCAAUCUAAGAGCGUUCAUAAUGAAUAAAAGAGAGGAGAAAUUAACUGUAACGAUGUGCCAACACGGUUCCGGUGUGCCAAGUAACGAGGGAGAGGACAAAGAUUUAGACCAGAAGUACUCAAGUCUAUUAAACGUGUGGGGCGGCAACGCCAGAGUGCAAGACUCUCCUUUCACUCAGCUCCAACCUGAUACCAACUUAUUAUUUGCCAGGAGACCAGUAGAUUAUGCUAAUACUACAGAAAAUAGACGUGUAGAUUUAUCGAGUAGAGAUUUCUUUAGACUCCACGAAGAGCAACAUGAGAGGAAUGAGGAUGAUCGUGCUGCUGACUAUUCCCAAUCACCAGCCGAGAUAAGAAAAAGCGAGUACGGGCCCAAUAUGAUUCACCUUGAACCUUUGUUGUACCACAGUUAUUCUUCAUUACCAACCAAUAUGAAACUCUGGCUGAAUGGCGUAAAGGAUGACAAGAAGACGUUAAUGGAAAUUGACGAAAACGCAACCGAUAAAUUAGAUAUGUUGUUACAUGGUUUCAAAGGAUUUCCGCAGGCACAUGGCAACAAAAGGUAA